CAAUCGUUCGUUCGCCUAACAUCUUGGAUGUUCCUUGCUCAGCAGUUCUGAAUUCUUCGACUACUUCAACGUUUAUCCUUCGUUUGACUUCAACCAUAAUAAUGUCUGAUAUGAACCCAGAAAGAAUUUGCGUAUAGUAUUCAAAAAUUCAUAUACACACAGAUUUAAUCUCAAUCGUAACAAUCUAUGGUUACCAGAUUUCCUAAAUUUGUUUUCGGAUUAUCUGCUGUUUAGACCGCCAUCUCUGUCGACGUACGGAUCAUUGACAGCUAAUAGUAACCCCAAUUUCGGAUAGCACUUCAAUUUCGUUUGGAACUUUGAGUUUCCGAGGGGGGUUUAUCCCCAAUUAUUCGUUAAGACAUUGGGGAAGCUUGGAAGUACUAAGAAACAAGAGAUUGCUAUGACCCUUUGGAUCCAAAUGGGAACAUCACAGUUACCUUCGACAUAUUACAGUGGACAUCUGAUGGAUAUGUGGCAAGGGUUACCAUUCAAAACUACUAUCAAUACCGUCAUGUUGAUAAACCUGGUUGGAAGCUAGGGUGGACAUGGGCCCAAAAUGAGGUCAUCUGGUCAAUGUCUGGUGGCAUUGCCACCCAACAAGGGGAUUGCUCAUCCUUCAAGUCCCAGAUACCACAUUGCUGCAAGAAAGACCCUGUAAUAGUUGAUCUAAUGGCAGAUGCCCUGCCACAAAACAUGCCCGAGGACUGCUGCCGAGGUGGCCUCCUUGCUGCAUGGGCAAUCAACCCUUCAAAGUCAUUUUCUUCAUUUGAGGUUGUGGUUGGAAACUGGGAAGGGAAUUCUAUUGUGUACAGGCCACUGAAUCUUACUUUAAUGGCACCAGGACCUGGCUACACUUGUGGCCCUGUUGUGGAAACUGAUCCUACAGUUUCCAAAGUUAAAGGAGGAAGAAGAGAAGAACAAGUUUUCAGAACAUGGAAAUCAACAUGCACCUAUUCUAGUUUUGUGGCUAACAAGAAACCAGUUUGUUGUGCUUCGUUCUCAUCAUUUUACAAUCCUACAGUCACAUCAUGCCCUCAGUGCAGCUGUGCAUGUAGGCCAGCAGACAAGAAUACGACUUUCUGCAUUAGCGAAGGAUAUUAUCCCCUGUCACUGUCAAAUUCUAAAUUUAAUCCUUAUAUGUUGCAAUGCACCGAUCAUAUGUGCCCGCUUCGAGUUCACUGGCAUGUGAAGAACAACUACUUGGUUCAUUGGAGGGUGAAGCUGACAAUCUCCAAUUACAACUAUGGGAGAAACUACUCGGACUGGAAUGUGUUGGUUCAGCAUCCCGGUUUCAGCCAACCUGCAACAACUUAUAGCUUCAACAGUACAGUGCUUCCCACUGUUGAUGUUCCAGAUGAAGUGGCUCUUUUUUGGGGACUAGCGUACUACAAUGAUGAACUGGUGCAAGCCGAUGAGAAGGAAUUGGGUUCAGUGACAACAGAGAUACUUUUGCAGAAGGAUCCAGACUCGUUCACAUUAAGCAAUGGAUGGGCCUUCCCUAGAAAAAUUUAUGUUAAUGGUGAGAACUGUGAGAUGCCUCUUCCUGAUAUUUUCCCAAUGUUACCGAAUGGUAGCUCCAGUGGAAAACCUACUCAUUUUCAGUGCAUUCUUUUCUGUUUGAUUUACUUGACUUUCAAAACACUGGUCAUGUUUUGACAAAUUUUGCAAAAAUGCCCGCUCUCCCUUUUUUUUUUUAAGUCACGUUGUAUUGGUUUAAUUAUUAUGGUACAUACAUAGCCACCUUCCAAUAUUUUGAGGUCCUGUUUGACUUAAUUUGAUUUGCUAAAUAACUGAAGUGUAUAACUUUGUAGAUGCUUGCAUAAAAUCAUCAAUAAAAAUG